AAACUGUUUGAUGUUAUUCCUAAGUGGAAUGUGGUUGCUUGGACUAGUUUGGUUUCCGGGUUGGUAAACAAUAAAAGGGCAAGUGAGGCUAUAAAGGCUUUUAGAGAUAUGGAAAGUUGGGGUGUAGAGCCUAAUGAGAUUACAAUAGUGAAUGUUUUGGUUGCUUGUGCUCGAACUCGGGAUGUAGAUACCGGAAAAUGGGUUCACAAUCGCCUUGCCCGUCUAGGGCAUGAUCCCUUCACUUUGAGUGAUAAUUUUAAUAUAAUUCUUGCUACUGCCAUUGUGGAUAUGUAUGCAAAAUGUGGCAGCUUAGAAAUUGCAAGGAAUCUGUUCAAUAAAAUGCCUCAAAGAAACUUGGUUGCUUGGAAUUCCCUGAUCGGCGCAUAUAACCUGCAUGGCCGGGCUGAGGAAAGCGUUAAUCUCUUUGUUGAUAUGCAGAUUGCCAGGUUUGUCCCAGAUCAAGCUUCCUUUUUGGGUGUGAUAGGUGCCUGUGCCAGUCUGGGGGUUUCGACUUUGGGACAAUGUCUUCAUGCUUGCAUAUUGAAAACCAGCAUGAGCAAAGAUCUUUCCAUAGGGACUUCUUUAGUAGACAUGUAUGCCAAAACUGGAGAUUUGGAAAGUGCUCGGAAGAUUUUCGACAAUUUGCGGAAAAAGGAUGUUAAAGCAUGGACUAGCAUGAUCUUAGGCUUGGCUAUACAUGGUCACGGUGUGGAAGCUCUUGGGACUUCCAAAAGCAUGCAAGAAGAUGCUACUGUUGUUCCUGACCAUAUCACGUAUGCUGGGAUUUUGGUUGCUUGCAGCCAUGUUGGUCUGGUUGACGAGGGUUGGAGACACUUCAACGAGAUGAGAGAGGUCUAUGGCAUUGCUCCAAAUCAAUAUCACUAUGGUUGCAUGGUUGAUCUUUUGAGCAGAGCAGGUCGGUUCGAAGAGGCGAUGAGACUAGUGGAGGAAAUGCCAUUUGAACCAAAUAUCACCAUCUGGGGUGCUGUUUUAAAUGGAUGUGAGAUACAUGAAAAUGUUGAUCUAGCAGAUAGAAUCAGAACUCAUAUAACUGAGUUGGAGCCUCAGGGUAGUGGGGUUUAUGUGCUUCUUUCUAAUAUUUAUGCCAGGGCUGGGAAAUGGCAAGAAGUGAAGAUGGCUAGAGAAUUAAUGAAAGAAAGGAGUAUUGAGAAAACUCUUGGGCAUAGUUUAGUUGAGAGGAAGUUGUCAAUUUAA